CCGUAGAAGACCAUACUUUCAUUCCCGAGCCCACGGCUCGCCUUGUUUUGAAGCGACAAGUUAUCUUGCUCCAACUUCUCCUCUCCCUGACCCAAAAGAUCCUUUUAGACGGUUUCAGUGAUGGCACCUUCUAUUUUAGCAGGUCUCAGCCAAGGAUGUUGGGGGCCAUGGAAAAGCUGACCGUCGGGGAAAGCCCGUCUGAGCUCUCCCUUGCCGACGUCGUCGCUAGUGCCGAGGAACAAAACAGAGACAUCAAACAAAACUUUACUCUCCUCUGCACCGAACCCUUCAUUCUUGGAUCCACGGUACACGCGCAGUUAAACACACGGGCGGAGCUACUGGCGGACGAGAACGGCAAGGUACACACGAUAUAUGGCCGGGACAAGUACAUCAGCGGCGUCCUCCUUGAGGUUGUCCACGAUGCGGUCCAGCAGACAGCGAUUUCGGACUACACCUACCGCCUCCUCAAGCUCCUACAAGACAACCCGGACGACAAGGCCUACCGAGCCGUCAUUUUGCAGCAAAUUUCCAACGUCUGCCAUUUUGAAUACGGCCGUGUCAAAGCCGCCUUUCAGCGCACCCUCCACCGCGGCGUCAAAACAAGAAAUGGCAAGGAUCUCUUCAAGCGCCAGUCUGGCGCGCUGGACAAGUUCGGAAACCCCCGGGUGAAGAUGGCAUUCAACCCCGGCGACCUCGCUAAAACGGACCCGGGGCUUUAUUGCUUGACGCGUUUCUGCCUCCCCGAGACUGGUUAUGCGGAAGGCGCCUAUUGGUUGUCGAAGAUGGUUGAGGUCGAGGUCAAACAACCAUCACUCGGAGACUGGCUCGCUAAGAUGCAUACCGCCGCGUUUUGCGACCUCGUCCUGUUACUCGGGUUCAUCCAUGACCUCAACUUGGGGCUUACCCUGCCCUCGACAUCGCGCCAAAAGGGGCAAACGUUUGUCGCACGGUCGCAGGACCUGGCAACCGAACUGUUGGCGCUCAGGAGUGAGGUCGACAUCCGCGAUUUCACCGCCCCGGUCAGUGCCUUGCUCAAGCCGGGCUCGUCCAAGGGCGCCCUCCGGGCACUUGACCAGUUCAUUAUCGACAAGGUCGGCACGAAAAUGGGGUUCCUGUACGAUGACUUGGUUGAGGAAUGUCUCGGCUCCAUCGAUGGCGAGUACGAGCGGGAGAAGGUUAGGCUGGCCAGACAAGAAAAGAAAAAAGAAAUCGAAAACGCCGAGUGGAUACCAUUCCCCGUAUCGGCCGAAAUGACAACCGAGAAGCGCAUCGAACAACGGCGGGAAAAGGAAAAGACACGGCCAGCCCACGCCUCCCCGUACGACAUCAGCCCGGCUGCGCCGCCCGCCGAAGAGUCGGUGGCCGAAUCAGCUACCUCGGUCUUCAAGGUGAGUGCGGCAACGGCCAAGGUGUUCUCGACCCUAUUCGACAACACGCAGUCGCGUGGGGCGAUCAACUGGGUAGAUUUUGAGAGCGCCAUGGUCGAGCUACGCUUCUCGAUCAAGCCCACGUCGGGGUCGGCCUACACUUUCAUUCCGGCCCUGGGGACGGGGCUGAAAAAGUUCAAUGCCCAUCGCCCACACCAGGGGCGUAUUGAAGGCUGGCGUAUCUUGCACCUGGCCAAGCGGCUGACCAACAUGUAUGGGUGGGGGGAGAAGACUUUCGAGAUUGCCUAAGCUGUCACGGUGUCGGACAAGACACAAGACUGUUGACUUGUACAUGGUGCGGUCCGUCUGUGGAGGGGACAAUUUGGAAGGGUUGGUCCGCCUGUAGUUGCAUAUAUGUAAGGGCCGGUUGCCGGGAUGAGGUCAUCGAUGCUGCCGAGGUUGCAUGGAAUCGGACAUGUCCACCCGGGCCGAGACAAUGUGAACUUAGACGUGG